AUGGACCAGUGUGAGCAGAACAGGGUCGAGCUCCAGCUCAGCGAGGAACAGCAGCCAUCUGAUCAGUCCGCCCUGCCCACAGGAAACCCGGAUCGGAUGACGGGCGAGGAGCAGCCAACUCAAGGCCAAGAGGGUGACGGAGGUGAUGAUGAGUGGGACACUGAUCUGGAAACAGACAAUGCCACCAAUCAGAGACAGCGUUUGUCCCGUGUGGAGCUGUACCUGCAGGCCUGUCUGCAGACAGGGGCCGUUCCCAUUUCCUCCUUCCUCCGCAACUUGAGUGAAGCCAAUCUCAACCUGAACCACUGUGGCGUGGGACCACUGGGGGCCAAAGCUCUGGCCAUAGCUCUGAAAAAUGACAGUGCCGUCACCAACCUCGAGCUGGCGGACAACGCGCUCUGCGCAGUAGGGACACGCUACCUGAUGGAGAUGAUUCAAACAAACAGCAGCAUACAGAGUCUGAAUCUUUCCAACAACCAGCUGAGCCAAGAAGGAGCGAACAUCAUCUCCAAAAUGCUGCAAGACAACUACUGCAUCAAAUCCAUCAACCUCUCAGGAAAUGAUUUUGAUGAUUCUGCUGCUAAAUACAUAGCUGAUGCUUUAAAGAGUGACUAUAUGCUCAGAGAGCUGGACCUCAGUUCCAACAGGCUGUAUGACGCAGGAGGAGAACACCUGGGUCAAAUGUUAGCCAGAAAUGCAGGCAUUGAAGUCCUAAAUCUGAGCUGGAAUCACCUUUGCAAGCGUAGUGCAGCGGCUUUGAGUGCCGGGCUGGAGGUGAACACGACCCUGAGGGAGCUCUGGCUCUCGUGGAACAGUUUUGGCCGCGCUGGGGCAGAGUCGCUGGGUCAAGCGCUGAAACAAAACAGCGUGCUGGAGCUGCUGGACCUCAGCAGUAACCAGUUAGACGACAGGGCCGUGACGCUGCUCUGCCAGGGCCUGGCCACCAACGACACCCUCAGGGUCCUAAAGCUGGGCCAAAACCCCCUGACAAGUAUCGGAGCUCUGACGCUGCUCAGAACAGUUAAAAACAACACGAAAUCAGCAGUGGAGGAGAUCGAUAUUUCUACGGUGUUUGUGUGCGAGGCCUUUGUGGAGCUGCUGGAGGAGGCCCGUCAGAGGCGCCCUGCUCUGGAUGUUCGCUACAGCGUCAUGAGCUGCGUCACCAGGAACGUAUCUGCCCUCCAGAUCUUUCAGAAAUUCCUUAAAGAGCGAAACGAGAGCAUCAUGGGCUUCUUCCAGGCUUUGGAUAAAGAUGGAACCAUGAAGGUCUCCACCUCUGCCUUCAGGAAGGCUGUUAAGGCAGCCAACGUACCUCUGGACCAGCGACAGCUUGAGUGGUUGAUCAAGAAGUUUGACACGAACUGCACAGCCACCAUAAUCUACAGUCAGUUCGCUGAGCUGUCAUAG